AUGCAACUCGCCACGACCAUUCUCGCCGGACUCGGCCUGAUCGCGCUUGCCUCCAGCGCACCUACCGACACAGAUACCUUACACUCCGCCACAGGUUCUACGACCUUCUGGCAGAACACCCAGACUCAGAAGUAUCAUUGUCAGGGCCAGGACGUGAUCCGCUGUGAGACUACUGCUGGCGGUACCUGCAUCGCCAUCGAUACUUGCGAGGCGUACUGCUUCCUCCACGACAACGGCGCCGCCUGUGUUGACAUGGACGCGCCUCCAGUUCUCAAGAUCCCAGUGUCAACGUCUGAGGCCAAGUUUACCGCGAGAUCUGCGUCGUCCGAGAAGAAUGAGUAUCACGAGUGUUCCAAGGACCGCACCGGCGUUCUGAUCUGCAAGUAUCGCUUCUGCUCCACGGACUAUUACUGCAAGGCUGGCGACGAGUGCAAAGACGGGACCUUCUCUUGUGCGCCCAAGUCUCCAUCCCUGGCAAGAGUCAAGUCCGAAGCCCGCGAUAAGCCUGCACAGGUCGAAGCUGUGGCUGCCGACCUCGAAGGGAAGCCAUCUUAUAUAUGCUCUAAGGAUCGCGCCAGCGUUCUCAAGUGCCUCUUCGGUUUCUGCUCCACUGACUACUACUGCGCGAAGGGCCAUCCGUGCGCCGACAACCCUGCUCGCUGCAAGAAGUACUUGAAUGCUAGGACCGAUCAGUACGGCAUCUGA